AUGCGUUGGCUCGAAUGGGCCAAUGCACUGACGAAGAGUAGGAAGAGCCAAACUCGGGCUAGACAAUACAAUGGCUUUAUCAUCAACUGCGAGCCCCUUCGCCGGCUGGCCAACUUACGCUGCCCCCAGCAUCCGAGCGGUAUAUUGACAACACCAACAUACGGCGAAGCAGGCGCGGUAUUUACAGUGUGCACUGAGACUGUCAUAAGCUCCAAUGUUUCGAGCGUCUACAAUGCGAUCAUUGACUUUAACCGAUACUCUGCCUGGAACAGUUUUGUCUACCGAGUCGACCUUCCACCCACUGUGCAAACACCGGACCAGGUUUAUGUAGGCAUGCCAAUGACCCUACAUACAACGGGGCUUGUGCCUUUGUUGAACACCACAAGUGCAGAGGAAAUCACUGUGCUGGACCUACCAACGACUGAGGGAUACUCCAUGAUCGCUUGGAAGUAUAUCGAUGGACUGGACGGGCUUGGAUCCAGGGCCGAGCACCCCAAUAUUUUGGUCCCCCGGGACGAUGGUGCAACACGCUAUCUGUCGUACGAGACAUACUACAAUGGACUAGAGAUAGGGGUCAUGAUCGCAUUGAGGGCAAGUCUGCAGUUCCAAUUUGAGCAACAAGGACAAGACCUCAAGGACUAUGUUGAGACAAGAGGCAAUAAAUCAUAA